GACAUCCAUUAUCACAUCCCGUCUUAAACGGAACUCAUCCGGCCAACAUAAGACCACUGCAUCGCUGGACACAUCUACACUUAUGGGUCUGCCUUCCAGUGGCCCUGAUCGACCCGCAUCAAGUUCAGGAGUCUCACUCAUCGAUACCACAGUUAAGUUACCAAACAUAACCACAAGAUAUGUGCAUUCACCAGUAGUGGGCUCGCAAGGAAACGCAUCAAUGGGGCAAGAGGAAGGAACACUAGUAUCGCAAGUCACAGGAGCAAUGGAAUCUCUUGGAAUGGGCCCUACUUACUAUAAGAAAUCCUCGCACGAUCAUAGCGAAGUGAAUCGUAAUACUCUGGAGAAUGCUGGAAACAGAAAAAGCAAUGAUCCGCCAGCUGAAUUAGCUAAACAGAAGAAGAAUGGUAAACGCCGCUGGAUGUCUCAACUCAAGAGCUGGGUUACCGUUUCGGAACCGUCGGCUCAGGCCUUGAAACAGUACAAGAAGGAAACCUACGACAAGGCUCAUCUCUCUCUUGAUGACCCUAAAGCGAGCGCUAAGCUUCACUUACCAACCGGUACCCUUCCACCGAAUGCGAUUAAGCCAGCCGGCUCGGGAUCUGAUCCCGAGGAGAUGUUUUUGAAACGGGCAGAACAACGGAAAAGGAUGAGACGUUCGGGCACCGGGUCUUAUGGAACUCACCAAGGCUCGAAAUCGAGCUCUAGUCGCUAUUCGGCUUCCAGUAGCAUUGCCUUUGGCGCUGCGAAAGAGUUUCCACAGUAGUAACCAACUAAACAAACUCUAUACCGAACGAUACGCGCGGGUUAAACGACGUGUUACGAUUAGUUGAUUACUGCAAUACUUUACGGCGUCUAGUUCACUGUUUAGUUGUUUUUAUAUUCGAGCCUACGAGUGCCCAGGUAUGCGAUCUUUGCAGCUGAAAUUUCAAAUUCAUCCUUUUGCGUGGGAGUUAGCUAGAAUCUUGGUGGAAUAAGUACAGAUCAGACAAAUUAAAC